CCUCAGGCGGCACUGCAUCGAAAACCGACAUCAAUGUGUAAAGGAUAUCACCGCGUGGGCUCAGGAACACUUCAGAAAACCAAUUUCAAGAUGAGGAUCGCCUUCGCCGUCCCGCCGGCCCUCUUUCUCAUGUUGGCGUUCCCUGGAAAAGGAACGGGUGUGGAACUUCCUGAUCCGCCCGCCGUGGACUGCGUGUGGAGUCGCUGGGCCGAGUGGAGCGCGUGUGAUCCGUGCACGUUAACCAGAAGGCGUUCUCGGAGCGCCGUGGUGUUCGGACAGUUCGCCGGCGAGUCUUGCCAGGGUUCCAUCGGCGAGCGAGAGUCCUGCGUAAGCGACGCCACAUGUCAACAACCUCCACAGCCUGCUUGCUCCGACACAGAGUUUCAGUGCGAGUCAGGUUCUUGCAUCAAUAAGAGGCUGACGUGCAACGCGGACUACGACUGCGAAGACGGAUCCGACGAGGACUGCGACCCCGGCCGCCGCCCGUGUUUCUCCGAGGCGCUGGAAAACAACGAGCAAGGCCGGACGGCGGGAUACGGAAUCAACAUUUUGGGGUCGGACCCUCGCAUGAACCCCUUCAACAACGAUUACUUCAACGGCCGAUGCGAUCGAGUGAGGAAUCCAAACACCGGAAAGUACGACCGGCUUCCGUGGAAUGUCGGCGUGCUCAACUAUCAGACGCUGGCGGAAGAAACGGUCUCCAGGGAAAUUUAUGAGGACACGCACAGCCUGCUAAGGGAGAUCCUGAGCGAGAUGAGCAGGAAGGUGGACGCGGGACUUUCCUUCAAGUUCAACCCGAGCGAGGAGUCCAUGUUGAAAGCGCCGGGCAGCGUGGGUUUAGAGUAUCAGUACGAGAAGAAAACCAUGAUCAAGGAGGUUUCCGAGUACUCCAACAUCCGGAACAAGAGCUUCAUGAGGGUGAAGGGCAGGAUCCAGAUGAGCACCUACAGGCUUCGUUCCCACCAGCUCCAAGUGGCCGACGAGUUCUUGGCGCACGUCCGGUCGUUGCCUUUGGAGUACGACAAGGGCAUCUACUUCGCCUUCCUGGAAGACUACGGAACGCACUACACUCAAAACGGAAAGUCUGGCGGGGAAUAUGAACUCAUCUAUGUUCUCAACCAGGACGCCAUCAAGGCCAAAAAUCUGACAGACAGACAAGUUCAAGAAUGUGUCAAAUUGGGCAUCUCGGCGGAUUUUAUCGCAGAAACAAUUAGCGACGGAAAAGCUCACCACAAAGAAGACAAGUGUAAUGACGUAUCCACAAAAGCCCAAGAUGAGAUCGCUGGGAAAGCCGUCGUGGACAAGGUGAUGACGUCCGUGAAAGGAGGCACCCUAGAAAGUGCGGUGACCAUGAGGGCUAAAUUAAAUAAGGAUGGACUGAUGGACAUCGAUACCUAUCAGGCGUGGGCUCGCACCAUCGCCGACGCCCCGGCGCUGCUCAGCAGUGAGCCGCAGCCCAUUUAUACGCUAGUUCCCUUGGGCAUGGCCGACGCCAACGUGAGGAUCGCCAACAUGAAGCGGGGCACAGCGGACUACGUGGCAGAGCACAGCGUUUGCAAGUGUAAGCCGUGCCAAAACGGCGGCACCGUCACGUUGCUGGACGGGAAGUGCUUGUGCCUGUGCCCGCACCUCUUUGAGGGAAUGGCCUGCCAGAACUUCAGAGGCGACAAAGCCAAGUACACAGGCGAACGGCCUGAGGUCUCUCAAGAAGGCAACUGGUCCUGUUGGUCCGACUGGUCUGACUGCAGCGGGGGCAAACGCACCAGGACACGAGGCUGCAACACAAACGGGCUGCUCGGUGCCCUCUGCAGGGGAGACACCAGCAGUGAAGAGUACUGCUGAGGAAUGUAAUACUGCCCUCUAGUGGUCGGAAAUGGCUUCAGUUUACAGACUUGGGCUGCUUUUGCAAGUAGAUUUGUAGUCUUUUUCAAUCAGGGGGGAUUCCAUGUUUUGAAAAUGUGUUUUAUAUUGAAUACAGAGU